GGGGCGGGGCUUGGGUGAUGGCUAUUGUGUGUGUGUGUGCGCGUCUCUCUGAUGUGAUCCCUGCGAAACAUGGCGGAGAGCUGCGCCUGGUUGUUAGUGCUGAGCACUGUGCUGCUGUGCAAUCUCUUUAAAAUUCAGCUUCCUUCCUUAUCCUCGAUUUUGUCCAGACUGCUACAAAAGGAUGCGGAGCAGGAGCAACAGAUGAGGUCCGAAAUCUUUAGUAUGAGACAAGAACUCUCCAGUAUCAGUAUGAUGGAUGAAUUUGCGAGAUACGCCAGACUGGAGCGCCAAAUCAACAAGAUGACAGACAAACUGAAAACCCACGUAAAGGCGAGGACGGCUCAGCUCGCGAAGAUCAAGUGGGUCAUCAGCAUUGUGUUUUAUGUAUUACAGGCUGCUUUGAUGAUCUCACUUAUAUGGAAAUACUACUCCGAGCCAGUGAUUAAGCUGCCCAGUAAGUGGAUCGCACCCUUGGAACGUCUGGUAGCUUUUCCCAGUGGGAUUGCAGGUGGUGUAGGCAUUACCUGUUGGCUUGUGGUGUGCAACAAAGUUGUGGCCAUUAUGCUGUACCCCAUCAGCUGAGACCUGCAGAGAAGACAGUAUUCACAGACGCCCCGGACCCGUCAUCUGCCUGCAGCCAUUGUUUACAGUCCACAGGAGGUCUAGAUGUUAUUUAUUCAUUUCAGCUUUAUAUAUGAUGUAUUAUUGUGCCGAUCCGUCCGUGUAUGAAGUCUGUAUUGUGAUCUGGUCAUUAUAUCAUAUUAUUACAUCACAUACUAAAUAAAACAAUAUAAUAACUGGU